AUAGUAAGAAGAUAAGAUAGAUAAAGGGUCGUUAUCUAGUCACAUAUUUGGCUUAUAUAAGCCAAAACAAAAACCCAUUUUCCAUUACAAAAUUAACAACAAAAAAAUCCCUACAGUAAAUGUGUAAAAUUUUAACUUGACUUGAAAACUGGGCAGUAGACAACAAUUACACACAGGUAAAUUUAAUUUAACAAUUAAAAAUUAGGAGAAAAAAAAGAAGAAAGAAAUCAAAGAAAUAAAGCGCAACCCUAAUCAUGAUUCUAUGACCUACAAAAACCAAACACAGCUAAUAAACAAUCGUCCAUCACGCAAGUUGCACCCUAAUUAGCCCCACUCCAGGUUACCCUAACCCUUUUUCUCAUUCCCUCACCCAAAAAACCAAACCCAUAGUGCCGCAACACAAUUUCACCAUUCUAAAAAUCGCACAUUAAUAAUCCCAAAACCCGCGUGCGUAUAAAAAGAGAUAUAUCGCUUACUACAACCCAAAGUAGCGAGUAAUUCUCAGCAUCAUCAUAAUUGAUUGAGAGGGAACCCUAACACACACUUUCGUUCUUCUUCCCUCUCACUCGCCGCCACAAUCAUCAUCAUCAUGGAUCCCGAGUCAACUCAGUUACAACAAUCUCAACUCGCUGCGAUUCUCGGCGCCGAUCCAGCUCCGUUCGAGACUCUGAUCUCACAGUUGAUGAUAUCAUCCAACGAAGAACGUUCACAAGCCGAAACUCUUUUCAAUCUCUGCAAACAAACCGAUCCUGAUGGACUUGUUUUGAAGCUAGGUCAUCUUCUUCAUUCUUCACCUCAUCAAGAGGCUCGCGCUAUGUCCGCUAUUCUUCUUCGGAAGCAAUUGACACGCGAUGAUUCCUUUUUAUGGCCACGUCUUUCACCGAACACUCAUUCUUCUCUUAAAUCGCUUCUUCUUUCUUCAAUUCAAUCCGAAAACGCCAAAUCGAUUUCCAAAAAGCUUUGUGAUACGAUUUCUGAACUUGCUUCUAGUAUUUUACCUGAUAACGCUUGGCCUGAAUUGCUUCCUUUUAUGUUUCAGUGCGUUUCUUCUGAUUCGCCUAAGCUUCAGGAAUCUGCUUUUUUAAUUUUCGCUCAAUUGUCUCAGUAUAUUGGUGAUUCUCUCACGCCACAUAUCAAACACCUUCAUGACAUUUUCCUUCAGUGUCUUACUUCAUCCACUGUUAAUCCUGAUGUGAGAAUUGCGGCUUUAAAUGCUGUUAUCAAUUUCAUUCAGUGUUUAUCCGGUUCGGCCGACCGCGAUAGGUUUCAGGACUUGUUGCCGGCUAUGAUGACAACGUUGACUGAGGCGCUGAAUUCCGGUCAGGAGGCGACUGCUCAAGAGGCUCUUGAGUUGCUUAUUGAGCUUGCCGGAACUGAACCUAGGUUUCUCAGGAGACAGAUAGUUGAUGUUGUUGGUGCAAUGCUUCAAAUUGCGGAGGCGGAGUCGUUGGAGGAAGGGACUAGGCAUUUGGCUAUUGAGUUUGUGAUUACUCUUGCUGAAGCUAGAGAGCGUGCUCCUGGUAUGAUGAGGAAAAUGCCGCAGUUUAUUAGCAGGUUGUUUGCUAUUCUUAUGAAGAUGCUUUUGGAUAUUGAGGAUGAUCCGGCUUGGCAUACUGCGGAGACUGAAGAUGAGGAUGCCGGUGAAUCUAGUAAUUAUAGUGUUGGGCAGGAAUGUUUGGAUAGGUUAUCUAUAUCUUUGGGAGGAAAUACAAUUGUUCCCGUUGCCUCUGAACAAUUACCUGCAUAUCUGGCCGCACCAGAGUGGCAAAAGCGUCAUGCUGCAUUGAUUGCGCUUGCCCAGAUAGCCGAGGGAUGCUCAAAGGUCAUGGUAAAAACUUUGGAGCAAGUGGUAGCUAUGGUAUUGAAUUCCUUUCCCGAUCAACAUCCUCGUGUAAGGUGGGCAGCUAUUAAUGCAAUUGGACAACUGUCUACUGAUUUGGGUCCUGAUUUGCAAGUUCAAUAUCAUCAGGGGGUGUUGCCAGCCCUAGCUGCUGCCAUGGACGAUUUUCAGAACCCUCGCGUACAAGCUCAUGCUGCUUCAGCAGUGCUCAACUUCAGUGAGAAUUGCACACCUGAAAUUUUAACGCCAUACCUGGAUGGAAUAGUUAGCAAAUUGCUUGUACUUCUUCAGAAUGGUAAGCAAAUGGUUCAAGAGGGAGCCUUAACUGCUCUGGCAUCAGUCGCUGAUUCAUCUCAGGAACACUUUCAGAAAUAUUAUGACGCUGUCAUACCGUACCUGAAGGCUAUAUUGGUCAAUGCAACUGAUAAGUCUAACCGCAUGCUUCGUGCUAAGUCUAUGGAAUGUAUAAGUUUGGUUGGAAUGGCUGUUGGGAAAGAGAAGUUUAGGGCUGAUGCUAAGCAGGUUAUGGAAGUUCUUAUGUCCUUGCAAGUAUCUCAAAUGGAAUCAGAUGAUCCAACAACAAGUUACAUGCUACAGGCAUGGGCUAGACUCUGCAAGUGUCUGGGACAAGAUUUUCUUCCUUAUAUGGAAUUUGUUAUGCCGCCAUUGCUUCAGUCUGCAUCACUUAAGCCUGACGUAACCAUCACAUCCGCUGAUUCAGACAAUGAUAUAGAUGAUUCUGAUGAUGAAAGUAUGGAGACUAUCACUCUCGGGGACAAAAGAAUUGGAAUCAAGACUAGUGUUCUAGAGGAGAAAGCUACUGCAUGUAACAUGCUUUGUUGCUAUGCUGAUGAGCUAAAGGAAGGAUUCUUUCCAUGGAUUGAUCAGGUUGCAGGAACUUUGGUUCCACUCCUGAAAUUUUAUUUCCAUGAGGAGGUUAGAAAAGCUGCUGUUUCAGCAAUGCCGGAGCUAUUACGGUCUGCAAAGUUAGCCAUUGAGAAAGGGCAAUCUCAAGGUCGGGAUGUGAGCUAUUUGAAGUUUCUGACCGACAGCAUCGUCCCAGCUUUGGUGGAAGCAUUACAUAAGGAACCUGACACAGAGAUUUGUGCAACUAUUUUGGAUUCAUUAAAUGAAUGCUUACAGAUCUCCGGGAUGCUUUUGGAUGAAAAGCAGGUGAAAUCAAUUGUUGAUGAGGUAAAACAGGUGAUCACAGCCAGUUCAAGUAGAAAACGAGAGAGAGCAGAGAGGGCCCAAGCUGAAGAUUUUGAUGCUGAAGAGGGGGAGAUGAUUAAAGAGGAAAAUGAACAGGAGGAAGAAGUUUUUGACCAAGUGGGUGAGAUAUUGGGAACCUUGAUCAAAACCUUCAAAGCCUCCUUCUUGCCUUUCUUUGAAGAACUGUCAUCUUAUUUGACACCUAUGUGGGGAAGGGACAAGACUCCUGAAGAGAGAAGGAUUGCAAUCUGCAUUUUUGAUGAUGUUGCAGAGCAGUGUUGUGAAGCAGCUAUAAAGUAUUAUGAUACAUAUCUUCCAUUCUUGUUAGAGGCAUGUAACGAUGAGACUCCUGAUGUCAGACAGGCGGCGGUGUAUGGCCUCGGUGUUUGUGCGGAAUAUGGGGGUUCUGUGUUCAAACCUCUUGUUGGAGAGGCUCUAUCGAGGUUAAAUGCUGUGAUCCAACAUCCUAAUGCCCUUCAUUCAGAUAAUAUAAUGGCAUAUGACAAUGCAGUUUCCGCUCUGGGUAAAAUUUGCCAAUUUCACCGGGACAGUAUUGAUUCUGCUCAGGUAAUUCCGGCAUGGUUGAACUGUCUGCCAAUAAAAGGUGAUUUGAUUGAGGCCAAAGUUGUUCACGAUCAACUUUGUUCGAUGGCGGAGAGGUCCGACGGAGAGCUGUUAGGCCCUAACAAUCAAUACCUUCCCAAAAUAGUUUCGGUGUUUGCAGAGAUUUUAUGUGCUGGUAAAGACCUCGCAACAGAACAAACAGCUGGCCGAAUGAUUAGUUUACUCAGACAGCUCCAGCAAACAUUACCACCCGCUACCCUUGCUUCCACUUGGGGAUCUUUGCAGCCACAACAACAGCUUGCCUUACAAUCCAUCCUUUCUUCAUAGUUUGCAUAGCUUUGCUGAUUGCAGUUCAUCGUUUCUCCAUAGCAUCUGGGUUGGCAGUUGGUGUCUCGUCCUUUUUGGGAACAAGCUUUUUCCGGUUUGGUGGUUUCUAUAUUUGUUACCCAUUCUUUUUGCUAUAAGAUGGUUUCCAUCAUUCAUUAUUGCAUGGUGUUUUAUAGCAGCAUGGCUUCAGUUUUGAGAAUGCAGAGUCUAUUGUGAUUGGAAAGGGAACUUUCUGUAGAAUGUGUAUAAUAUGAGUGUUCAUGGUGCGAUCGAGUCCAAAAGGAGGUUAGGCAGUUGCAGUGCUUGUGCUAUUCCUCUUUUUAUCCAUUCUUACCAUAUUGCGUGAGAAUAUAGGGUUGUCUGUGGGGCAAUUCGUGCAGUUUUGGCCUAUUGUAUUGUUUCUUUUUUCACAUCAGAUUCUGAAAUGUAUCAUAAAAUACCGAUGCUAUUUAUUCAUCAAGGUUGCAGACAUUUGUUUAUCCAA